GAAAGGAGGUAGCCCUGGCUUCCUGGAUCUACUACCUGAAGCCGCUGUUCGUGAAGAGCUGGGAAGCCCAGAGGAAAUCCUUUGGAAUCCUAGAAAGAAGACUGUCUCAUUGAGGGAGAAGGGUCUACAUACUGUGGUGUUCAUGAUGGUCCUGAGUGGGGCACUGUGCUUCCGAAUGAAAGAUUCAGCCUUGAAGGUACUUUAUCUGCACAAUAACCAGCUGCUGGCUGGAGGGCUGCAUGCUGGGAAGGUCAUUAAAGGUGAGGAGAUCAGCGUUGUCCCAAAUCGAACAUUGGAUGCCAGUCUGUCUCCUGUCAUCCUGGGUGUUCAGGGAGGAAACCAGUGCCUGUCCUGUGGGACAGAGAAGGAGCCAGUUCUGAAACUUGAGCCAGUGAACAUUAUGGAGCUCUACCUCGGGACCAAGGAAUCUAAGAGCUUCACCUUCUACCGGCGAGAUAUGGGCCUCACCUCCAGCUUCGAGUCAGCUGCCUACCCAGGCUGGUUCCUCUGCACUGUGCCUGAAGCAGACCAGCCUGUCAGGCUCACCCAGAUCCCUGAGGAUGCUGCCUGGGAUGCUCCCAUCACGGACUUCUACUUUCAGCAGUGUGACUAGGGAGGACUGCAUGGUCCCC